AUGCUCGCCUCCGACUCUUUUCUGCCAUCGGCCUUUACCGACCACGAUCCCAACAUGCCGCCCUCUGCUGUCAUCUCUCCACUGUCCCUCAAUCGAAUGGCAAGCUCUUGUUACUUCGACAACAGAUCGACAACGAGUACCAAUGGCAACUCUCUUUACUCUCACCAAUCAUCCGGCGCUGUGCGCUAUCCGCCUCAAACGCAAAGCUUUCUUUCACCCAAUUUACCACCUUACGGCAUGAACGGCAUCAACGGGAUCAGCGAGACGAUUUCCAGCGAUCAAGGACCAAAAGCCGUUUCGCCGACCCAUUUCGAGCUAUUCAACGGCCACAACCCAUCCGCAUUUGCGUCGACGGCCAGAGUGGCUCCGAACGGCAUGCCUCACCCAAGAUCAGUCUCCGCCGAUGCAGCCUCAGCUCCUGCGUCUGCACAAAUCAUUCGGCGGCUCGCCCAGCAAAAUGCGCGGAUUCGGGAGGCCUGGGAAGCCGAGCGCAAGUACAUGGAAGCAAACCGUGAACGUGUCGAGGAAGUCUACAAGGAGGAGCGCAUGAUUAUGGAAGACGAGCGUCUUGCAUGGGAGGCCGAGAAGAACAACAUGACGGAGCAGAUCCGCCGCCUCAAAGAGCAAGUUGCAGUGGUCGACAACGACAAGAUUCGGCUGCAAGGUGCGCUGCAAAGAGCCGAGCUAGAGAAGGCGGGCAAAGUCGCUGGCGUCACUGUUGCACUUCCAGGAACAGGAACGCGAGGUGGGGCCGACGGCUCCACUGAACUUUCUUUCUCAGGAUUCUCCCCCUCGAACGGCAUUGGAGAGCGGAGGCCAACUAAUGGCUCUGCCUCAGCCUCCGUUUCGCCAGCCCAGAUCCGACCUCACUUUAUUAGUCCUGGCAGUUCCCGGAUUUCUCCCUACAGGCAACUAGAGUCUUCGCCAUUCAUCCCACUCAACCCCAACAUGCAGCCUACAACCGCCGAUCCCGUCGACUUCCUCGGCUCCCCAAGGGACGAGGAGCCCGUCCCCAUCGUCGACAUUCAAAUCAUCAACCCUAAGCUCGAGGGUGUCCCGCUCAAGGCACCCGCCAUUCAGAAGAGCACUUUUAUCGACUCUGGCAUGACCCCCCCGGAAAACUCGAAGUGCUCUUCCAGGGCCGUUUCCCCGCCGACAGAGUCUGGGAAGUCUAGACGCAGUCCGACUCAGGAACACACUCUCGAGGUACUCGCCGCUCCCGAACCGGCCAGACUCGUCAUGCACGCCGGCCAUACCCCCAGCCAUUCUCUCUCCGUUCUGGGAACAGCUCCUGGCACAGAAGUCGCGACAGUCGCCGACGGUAGUGGAGGGUCUACGCCGACCCUGGCUCCGACCGACAUGAGCUCGAAUCCGGCAACGCUGUAUGAUGUAAGGGCCAGAGGGGACUCAUCCGAUCUUCUGGAAGACGCUCACGGCGGUAUCGAUGAGCCCCUACCUACAUUGGAGGCGGCAGACGACGUUGGUUUGAAAGGCCCCCUGAUGGUUCGUAACAUCCCUGCUCAUGACGAAAUCUUCUUCAAGCGUUUGUCCGAAAAGCUCGAAGACGUGAGCAGCGGCGCCGACGCCGUCCCAACCUGCAUGAAGGUGCCAACCCCAGAACUUGUCGAAGAGCCUUUGGCGGCGAAAGAGAACCUGUACGCAGCGAAGAUGGAUGCAGAUGCCGCUAGCGACAAGGGCUCAAUCAGCGAUAGGGCCUCUUCCGCCGACAGAGACGACAUGUCUGAGUCUCAGAGAAAGCUCGAGGAAAUCGAUGUUCCUCUCAAACUCAAGCAGAGCACCAACUUUGGAGCCCCCUUGGGCGCCAUGUUCUAA